UGCACAUUUUAAGAACAGCAAAGAAGUGAGUAAUAUCACAGUGCAAUCCAGUGGCAAUAUCUGUGCAAUAGUACUGGGGGGCGGACACACUGCUCUGGCAGCACAGUGUGAAGAACAGUGAGUGAUAGAGUGACACACACACACACACACACACACACACAAAAUUCUGAUUGACCGUUGCACUCUGUAAUGAUUUUUUUCUUCAUUUUUUAUUUGUAUGAAUUGAAAGAGAGAGAGGAAUUGAGGGAGGGAGAGAGAUGGAGCGAGGAAAGGAGUGAUAGAGUGAGUGAUGGAAGGAGGGAUAGAGAGACCGAGAAAGAGAGUGGGAGGGAGAGAAGAUGCAAUGGAGGGAGGGCAAGGGAGAGAUAGAAGAAGAAGAAUGAGAGGUAGGGAGAAAAGGAGCAAGCGAAAGGGGGGAGAGAGACAGACUGUGAGUGGGAAAGAGGAAGAGACCGAGACGGACAGCGGGGGAGAGAGAGAGAGAGAAAGAAGAAGAGAGACAGGGAGAAAGGGUUAGAAGGUCAGACAGAGGGAGGGAGAGAGAGACAGUAAAAGAGCCAAAGACGGAGAAAAAGAGUGGAAGACAGGAGGGAGAGAGAGAGAAGAAGUGAUAAAGGGAAGGAGAGAGAGGCAGUAAGGGAGACAAAGCGAGAGGAGAUGGGGAGAGAGGAAAGGAGCAAUGAAGGAGGGAGGGAGAGAAGUGAUGGAGGGAAGGAGAGACAGCGAGACAGUGAAUGAGAGAGAGACAAAGAGAGUGGAAUAGAGUGGAGGGAGAGGGAGAGAGAAAAGGAGCAGUAGAAAGAGAGAGAGAGAGAGGGCGGAGAGAGAAGCAGAGGGAAGUGGAGCAGUGAGGCAGUGAGGUGUAAAGACGCACACAGAGACACCACACCUCGAGCAGAUAAACGACAGAGCGAACGGCACAGAGAAAGAGGACAAGGACAAAAAACCAAGGGAAACUGAUAAAGGAGGACAGAAGGAUGGAUUGAAGAUCGCACUCGUCCAGAAAACUCACUCUCUAUUUCUCCAAGAAGAAAGGGGAGAGAAGGCAGAGAGAACCGGAGGAAGAAACAUUUGAAACAGAAACGAGGGGAAUCCCUCCUUUAUUUUUUACCCCAUGGGGUAGUUCAGUUCAAUCGGGCCCCCUCGACUCAGAGGAUGGAGUGAGGAGCGUAAAGGGGGGAACAGACAGACAGACAGAGAGAGACAGAGACACAGAGACAGGAAGACAGACAGGUCGUGUAUCACAAUGCCGGUGAUGAAGGGGCUCCUCGCCCCACAAAACACUUUCCUGGACACCAUCGCCACUCGCUUCGACGGCACCCACAGCAACUUUCUGUUGGGGAACGCUCAGGGUCACCGUGGUUACCCCAUUGUGUACUGCUCGGACGGGUUCUGCGAGCUGACGGGCUUCGCCAGGACAGAGGUCAUGCAGAAGAACUGCAGCUGUCGCUUCCUGUACGGCCCCGGGACGAGCGAGCAGGUGGCACAGGGCAUGGAGAAAGCGCUGGAGAGUAAAGAGGAGUACCAGGCCGAGGUCCAGUUCUACAAGAAAGACGGAACGUCGUUCUGGUGUCUGCUGGAUAUCGUUCCCAUAAAGAAUGAGAAAGGAGAGAUGGUGCUGUUCCUUUUCUCCUUUAAAGACGUGACGGACUCGCACGGGAAGAGCCACCACGGCGGCAGGAGAGACGAUGAUAAACACCAGAGCAGGAAGAGCAGCAGCUCUCGGUUCAUCGCCGCCAGGAGGCGUGGCCACUCUGUCCUCUGCCAAAUCACCAGCCAGUUCAAACGCGGAGGAAAGAACGAUGUCAACCUCAGCGGCAACAUGUUCGAGAAGCCGUCGUUGCCCGAGUACAAGGUAGCGGCGGUGCAGAAAUCCCGCUUCAUCCUUCUCCACUACAGCGUCAGCAAGGCAUUGUGGGACUGGAUGAUCCUCCUGGCGACGUUCUACGUGGCGGUGACGGUGCCAUAUAACGUGUGUUUCACGCCAUAUGUCGAACCGGACACAGCGGCCAGGAGCACCAUCGCCUCGGACAUCGUCGUGGAGAUGCUCUUCAUCCUCGAUAUCAUCCUGAAUUUCCGCACCACCUACGUGAGCCAGUCUGGUCAGGUGGUGUACGAUUCGCGCUCCAUCUGUAUCCAUUACGCCGCUACGUGGUUCUUUGUGGACUUGGUGGCCGCGUUGCCCUUCGACCUCCUUUACGCCUUCAACAUCACUGUCACAUCUCUGGUUCACCUGCUGAAGACGGUACGUCUGCUGCGACUGCUGCGUUUGCUUCAGAAGCUGGAUCGUUACUCUCAGUACAGCGCCAUGGUGCUCACUCUCCUCAUGUCCAUGUUCGCUCUGCUUGCUCACUGGAUGGCCUGCAUCUGGUACGUCAUCGGACGAAAAGAGAUGGAGCGCAACGCUAACCAGCAAGACUGGGACAUUGGUUGGCUGCACGAGCUCGGGAAGCGCUUGGAGAGCCCGUACGUGAACAGUACAUUUGGAGGUCCGACUGUCCGUAGCGCCUACAUCGCGUCGCUGUACUUCACCCUCAGCAGCCUCACCAGCGUUGGAUUCGGGAACGUGUGUGCCAACACCGACGCCGAGAAGAUCUUCUCCGUCUGCACCAUGCUGAUCGGAGCUCUCAUGCAUGCCGUGGUGUUCGGAAACGUGACGGCCAUCAUCCAGCGCAUGUAUUCACGCCGCUCGCUCUAUCACACGCGCAUGAAGGACUUGAAGGACUUCAUACGCGUCCAUCGGCUGCCGCAGCAGCUGAAGCAGCGCAUGCUCGAGUAUUUCCAGACCACGUGGUCGGUUAACAAUGGCAUUGACGCUAACGAGCUCCUGCACGAUUUUCCGGACGAGCUUCGGGCCGACAUCGCCAUGCACCUGAAUAAGGACAUCCUGCAGCUUCCUGUGUUUGAGGGCGCGAGUCGUGGCUGCCUGCGCUCGUUAUCGCUGCACAUUAAAACCUCGUUCUGUGCGCCGGGCGAGUACCUGAUCCGCCAGGGAGAUGCACUCCACGCCAACUACUUUGUCUGCUCCGGCUCGCUGGAGGUGCUCAAGGACAGCAUGGUGCUCGCUAUAUUGGGAAAAGGCGACCUGAUUGGCUCGGACCUGCCGGGACAGGAUCACGUGAUUAAGACGAACGCAGAUGUGAAAGCGCUGACGUAUUGCGAUCUGCAGUACAUUAGCGUUAAAGGGCUGAGGGAGGUGCUGGAGCUUUACCCCGAAUACGCCAGUGUGUUCACUGCCGACAUCCACCACAACCUCACCUACAACCUGAGAGAGGGCAGUGAGGCUGAGGGUCUUGCGAGGUUCUCACGUUCUCCAAGGUUCCCUCACAGCAAUCGGAUGGAAUCGACAGAUGGAAAGCAUCCCUGCAUGAUCGAAACCACCGGAGAAGCGGAAGAACACUGUCACCUUUCUCCGGCAUCAAGAUCCCGCCGGAACCUUCUCCUCCCGAACCUGGGGAACCUGCUGGGUGAUGAGCUGCGGCAGUUUAACGCUCUGCGCCGCUGCCGUUCCCCGGUGAGAGGAACCCGUAGAAGCGUGUCUCCGAAACAACACCCCAAAUCUGACCAUCCUUCACCUGCCGCGACUCAGGAGGGAUUCGCCGCACGGAAACCCAACAAACUCCUCAUCCCCACUCUCAGCUGCUUCGCACCGCCCGACCUCAGCCCGAGGGUGGUUGAUGGGAUCGAGGAUAAUGGACGUGUGUUUCACUUCAGCACCGAACACAGUGGGACCAGCACUAGUACAGCAAAAGAUAACGAUCAGGUGAACAGCACACUGCUCCAGGAGACGGAGGAGGUGCGAGAGAGCAUCAGUCAACUCAACAAAAAGAUGGUCAGCCUAAACCAAGAAGUGUCUCAGCUAACGAAGGACCUGCAUCACAUGAUGCACCUUCUACAAGCACAAGCAGCUGUUCAUCACUACACCACUUCCAUGUCCUCCUACCCCUAUGGAGUGCACGUGAUGCACACGAACACCGCGGCAUACACGGCCAGCGUGCACUCUCAUCAGGAAGCCCAAGGCCUUUAUCAUCCACAUCACCAUCAUCUUCAGGCUGACCACGCUGUGUCUGAGAACAUCGUCCACAUCGGGACAAGCGCAUGGAGCCACACUUCAGAAAUAGGUGGAGGUCGGACAGGUGCACCCCCACAACCCGACGUCUCCAGACAUCAUCCUCGUCUUGAUCCUAACAGCGCCUGUGAUCCUACUUCCUGUAAAUCGAGCUUAAUUAACAUCAACACCUCCACUUCCUCCUUCUAUCCAGCAGAAGGAUACAAGAAACAGGAAGCAUCAAGUAAGGAUCACGGCACGCUCGCGAACAUCAGUCGCUCGCAGCCCGUUCUGUUCAACCGGGACAAACCAAACCAAGUCUCUUUAAAUCUUCAUUUACUUUCCAGCGCGCCAACAUCCACCCACUCCCUGCUAAUCGCUAACAGCACAAAUCCGAUCCGCCACAAUCCUCCAACCUCUAGCGAACCAAAUCUGGAAUUGGAUACUGACAUUCCGGACCCAGUCCUAGAAAAGGUCAAUGAGGACCGGGAAGACGCUGUCCUGCUGUCAGAUUUAAGCAAAGUGGGACACACGAGUCGCGAGUGCCUGCUAGCAGAUGACGGAUCUGCAGAAAACCGGGACACUUCCGAAUCAGAAUCGACAAAACCUGAUGAUGCCGGGACUCAAAAUGACAGCAGCGGCUCUGAAACAUCCUGGUGCAUCGACCUGAUGGACUGACCCGAGACUCUACAGAAAGUAUAUUCAAAACGUUUGCAGUGACUUUUUUUUUUUUUUUUGGACAAGGGAUUGUCUUUUCCGUCCCACCCGUGCAAAUAAGAUAAUAACUAUGCAAGACGCAUGUUGAUUGUGCAUUAUUCCUUACUUACUCUAUCGAUACUCAGUAUACCACACGAAUAGCUUGCCUUUGAAUCAGGGGUCCAAAAGUCUGAGUCCACAGAUUCUAAUCUGAGAUGAAUUCACAGUGCUCUGUACGUUUCACGUCAUCAUCCUAAAAGUUUCCAGUCAAUAAGAAGGCACCGUAUUGGCUGGACGCGUGGCGGUCUGGGAAAACUCAUCCGAUGUCUACGUGGGCAUUCCUACUUUAAGAAAGCGCGAAUAUAUUGCACCGAAAUGUUUUUAUUCCGAUUAUUUUCUCGUAAAGAUCAUGUUUUGUAAGGCGCCAGUCAAGACGUCUAAAACCUUGCUAGCCAAGGAUCAUGAUUUGACCAAGUCGUCGGAACGAAUACAAAGACGAGAGAUGGAGCUAACGGUUCUUUCCCCACCGAUGUCAGCGUGAACAGAGAUCAGCGGCGUGAAAAGACAACGACGAGGCUCGCCGUAAGCGAUUUUUACCUCAGGCGACAUGACUAGAGUAAAUCAUUUUCUGUCGUAAACUUAACAUUCUUUGAAAUUUCCCAGUAAAUUUAGCGCCAUCGUUUCCGUGGAAAUGAAACGCAAAUUUACAGUAAAUACCGAACUUUCGUUCUGGUUGCGAAACAUCUAGAAGGAAAGUUUGAUAAAGUAAAAGAUGUCCAAAUGUGACCAUGUGAAGGGUUUUUCCGCAGACUGAUGAGGAGUGUUAGUGUUUGAGCCAGACUUUUGGACUCGAUAGUGUUUGCCGUGGUGAACUAUCAGGGUGUUUAUGGGGGGCAUUUUAAUAAAUAAAGUGGAUUGCCGAUGCAAACAAUCUGCCGUUGUAGCAUUUUGACAGUAGCAUUUGCCAGCGUAGAUGCAUACUAAACUUUUUUUUUUUUUUUUCUGGUACAAUCAAUGUUCUACAUUUCUUCUUACCUUCGUGCAUGGUAAAGUUUAUCGUUCUUUUUUCCUAAGGAAAAGGUAUCAAGUGAAAUGUGUUCACAUUAUGAAUGUUUGAAGGGAAUGACUUCAUGGAAUUUAGCACGUGCACUGUUUAGACUGCUUUUCUUAAAAGGAACCAUUUCUGAGAAUUUCAUUUAAAAUCUACUCGCAGAUCAGGUCCGUAACAUUUCUUUCAUUAAAGAAUUUAUUAAUAGCUAAAAUCUUAUAGCAGGUUUUGUUUGGUUUUAUUUUUACUGUAAAGGUCUUACAACGGUGUGUGUGGGUGUGUGCGUGCAUGCGUGCGUGUGUGUGUGUGCGUGCGUGCGUGUGUGUGUGUGUGAGAUGCUGCAGCUUACACUGUUUCACAUUUGCCUAAGUGUGUAUUUUACACUCAUGAAUGAUUAAUGAGGAAUCGUUAGCUGUGAGCAAGAACUCGGUGAAAGAACGACAGGAAAGAGUGGACAUUAUGCAACACACACACACACACACACACACACACACACACACACACACACACAAACACAGGUUUGUGCGUUUUCAAGUCCUUUAUGCAAUUCAGUUCAAGUUCAUCUGAAUUUUUCAAAAUAGAUCCGAAAAAAAUCCUUAAAUAUUCAUUUCUAUGAAAAUCUUUUUGUUAAAUCUCUUGUUAAGAACAUUUUGUUACUGAUGUACCAACAAUCCUGAGAUUUUUCCUGAAUGUGACCGCAACGCAGCUAACGAUUUAUUCCCUUUAAAAUGUGAAUUUUAAUUUAAUUCAUCAGUAUACUAUACCAGGUUAUUUAUUUAUUUAUUUAUUUAUGCUUUUACUUCCCCAUUAAAUAUCUGAUA